AUGGCACUGUUUGUGGCUUGUACAACGUUUGCAACUGUUUAUGUUAUAUCUUCAUAUAUCUUCCUACGUAAACCACAAUGGAUUCAUCGAAAACGUCGACCUGCGUUUAUUGUACGAAAUAUAGCUCAUCGAGGAGGAGCUGGAGAAUCAAUUGAAAAUUCUUUACUUGCAUUUGACAAAGGAUUAAAAAAUGGAGUGGAAAUGCUUGAAUUAGAUUGUCAUUUUACAAAAGAUUCUCAAGUUAUUGUUCAUCAUGAUUUUACAUUAGAUAGAACGACUGGUGAAAUAGGAUUUAUUAGAGAUAUUGAAUAUAAUAAUUUACCAAGAAUUAGUAAUAGUCUUCCACUUUAUUAUGACUCAGACAUAAUUAUAUCAAGUGAUAAUAAUAAUCCAAAUAAUAGAGAUUUAUUACGUAUACCAUUAUUAAAAGAUGUUUUUGAACGUUAUCCAACAACUCCAAUUAAUAUUGAUAUUAAAGAAAAUAAUGAUGAACUUAUUAAACAAGUUUCUGAUCUUAUUCAACAAUAUCGACGAGAACAUAUUACUUAUUGGGGUAGUUUUAGUCAUGUAAUAUGUCGAAAAUUAACAGCACAAAAUCCUCAUAUUGUUCGAUUUUGUUCAUUUAAAGAAGCAGCAGGUAUUGUAAUGGGUUAUUGGAUUGGUUUAUUACCUUUUAUAACAUUAAUACCAGGUGCUUUUGAAGUACCAGUACCGGGAAUGGUUUUUAGAAAAACAAUAAAAAAUUUCGAUUGGAAACUCAAAAUAGUUUUCUAUUUAGCUGAACGAGCAUUAAAUAAUAAAACUAUGUUUGCACAUUUACAACGACGUGGUAUUCCUGUCUAUGUUUGGAUAUUAAAUAACGAACAAGAAUUUGAAUAUGCUUUUAAACAUCUAGGUGCUACCGGUGUUAUGACUGAUUAUCCUACACUAUUACACAAAUAUUUAGUAUCAAAUAAACAUGAAUUUAUGUUAUAA